GAGGCGAGGGAGGGCCCCGCCCGCCGCGCCCUGGCUGCCAGGCAUGUGUGGCCGCAGGCACCGGUGGACGAGGGGCUGAGCCGCGCCCGGUGUCCAGGGACAGCCGAGUGUUGGGUGUCCUCUCAGGCGAGCGCCGCCGGCCCUCGGCCUCCCGCUCGCUGCUUCCCCGGGCCGCGGUGCAUGUUCGCUUCCUGUCACUGUGUGCCGGGAGGUAGGAGGACCAUGAAAAUGAUCCACUUUCGGAGCUCCAGCGUCAAAUCGCUCAGCCAGGAGAUGAAAUGCACCAUCCGGCUGCUGGACGAUUCCGAGAUAUCCUGCCACAUCCAGAGGGAGACCAAAGGGCAGUUUCUUAUCGACCACAUCUGCAACUACUACAGCUUGCUGGAGAAGGACUACUUUGGCAUCCGCUAUGUGGACCCAGAUAAGCAGAGGCACUGGCUUGAACCUAACAAGUCCAUCUCCAAGCAAAUGAAAUCUCAUCCACCAUAUACCAUGUGCUUUAGAGUGAAAUUCUACCCUCAUGAACCCUUGAAGAUUAAAGAAGAGCUCACAAGGUACCUUUUGUACUUGCAAAUUAAAAGAGAUAUUUUUCACGGCCGAUUGCUGUGCUCCUUCUCUGAUGCUGCCUACCUGGGUGCCUGUGUCGUUCAAGCUGAGCUGGGGGAUUACGAUCCUGAUGAGCAUCCUGAGAAUUACGUCAGCGAGUUUGAAAUUUUCCCGAAGCAAUCCCAGAAGCUGGAACGAAAAAUCAUGGAGAUUCAUAAAAAUGAACUCAGAGGCCAGAGCCCACCGGUUGCUGAAUUUAACUUGCUCCUGAAAGCUCACACGUUGGAAACCUAUGGGGUGGAUCCUCAUCCGUGUAAGGAUUCAACAGGCACCACAACAUUUUUAGGAUUCACUGCAGCAGGCUUUGUGGUGUUCCAGGGAAAUAAGAGGAUCCACUUGAUAAAAUGGCCAGAUGUCUGCAAAUUGAAGUUUGAAGGGAAGACGUUUUAUGUGAUUGGCACCCAGAAGGAGAAAAAAGCCAUGCUGGCAUUCCACACUUCAACACCAGCUGCCUGCAAACAUCUUUGGAAGUGUGGGGUGGAGAACCAGGCCUUUUAUAAGUAUGCAAAAUCCAGUCAGAUCAAGACGGUAUCCAGCAGCAAGAUAUUUUUUAAAGGAAGUAGAUUUCGAUAUAGUGGUAAAGUUGCCAAAGAAGUGGUUGAGGCAAGUUCCAAAAUCCAGAGGGAGCCUCCUGAGGUGCACAGAGCCAACAUCACACAAAGCCGCAGUUCCCACUCCCUGAACAAACAGCUCAUCAUUAACAUGGAGCCCCUGCAGCCAUUGCUUCCUUGCCCAAGUGAGCAGGAGGAGGAACAACCUCUGGGUGAGGGUGUCCCUUUGCCCAAAGAGGAUGAACUUCCUGCUCCCCUGACUGCCAGUUCUCCAGUGAAGGAAGCCCGGGAAUAUGAAGAUUCCCCAAGCGAAGAGGAAGAUAAAAUGAAAGAAGAGCCCUUAACCAUCUCCGAACUCGCGUACAACCCCAGUGCCAGCCUGCUCCCGACCCCUGUGGGUGACGACGAGAUUGACAUGCUGUUUGACUGUUCGUCCAGGCUGGAGCUGGAAAGAGAAGACACAGACUCCUUUGAGGACCUGGAAGCGGAUGAAAACGCCUUUCUGAUCGCAGAGGAAGAGGAGCUGAAGGAGGCUCGACGGGCUUUGAGCUGGAGCUAUGACAUUCUCACCGGCCACAUUCGGGUGAACCCGCUGGUCAAGAGUUUUUCCAGGCUCCUUGUGGUGGGCCUGGGACUGCUGCUCUUUGUAUUCCCCCUGCUCCUCCUCCUUUUGGAGUCAGGUAUUGAUCUCUCCUUCUUAUGUGAAAUCCGCCAGACACCAGAGUUUGAGCAGUUUCACUAUGAGUACUACUGUCCUCUAAAGGAGUGGGUGGCGGGGAAGGUCAACCUCGUGCUCUACAUGCUGGGCUGUUCCUGAAUCUUGGUCUCGCCAGACUAAGGGCUAUAUUCAAUAAGAGUGAUGCUUUUCUCGGUCCGUGCCUGGUUCUGAAUGGUCACAGGGCUGUCAGCAGGUGUUCCUUACUCAUAACCAUAGAUCUGAACCCUUAGGUUGACUUUCCAUAAAUCAUGGCACUUAAGUAAGUUCAAAUCAAGGAUAGUUAUUUUAGUUUCAGGUCAGGCAUAUGACCUUUAAAUAACCAAAAAUAUGUUUAUUUUAUUGUAGUGUAGACAAACUCUUUACGUAUUAUAUCACCAUACAUAAUUCAUUGGCCUGAAUUAAUUUUUUCUCUUCCUAAUAGUUGGCAUUAGUAUAAGCUCUGAGGUUCAGAAUCAGAAUUUUAGUAAAAAUACAAGGAACGGCUUUUGAAUAUAAUCCUUAGCGGAAAAAAUUCUAACCAAUGCCUAUACAACUCAAUUUAUGCUGGGUUUUACUUUAUGUUUUUUUUAAACUAUUUUUAUGUGUUCAAACUAUUUUGGUAAAUUUUUAGCAAAAAAAAAAGCCUCUUGGAGUUAUUUAAGUAUACAGAUUGUAAGACUAAUGCACACAGGUAUAUUGGGACUUUUUUAAUGUUUUGGCACUGGUUUGUUUUUUAAACUAUUUUUGGCUGAACAAUCCUAUAAUUUGUUAUUACGUUUGCAUAGGAAAAAAGAAAAUGGAUGGACAGUGUAGCAAGUGGGCUCCCAGAAGAGAUAGUGGAGGUAGAGGUUGAGAGCGUUCAGUGGACACAAGGGUCCAUUUUGCAAAGUGCUUGGACGUGAUGAGUUGGUGUCUUCCUUUACAUUCUGUCCGUAUAAUUUAGCCGGGGAAAGUAUGAUAUUCUAAAAAGAGAGUAAAACUUUAAAGGAGAAAAUGGUGAAAAGAUAUGCCAGUUAAUUACAUAUUAUUGUACAUUAACCUGAGUGGAAGCAGAUGGGAAUUGGGCAAGUGGAAAAAGCAGCAGAGUCCUGUGAGGCUGGCAGGCAAGUCCUGGUAGGCAAGGGAGGGUGAUGCCUGGUGUUCAGUGAUGAGAAGAACAGUGCAAUUGUCGUCAGUUGACAUGGCUGUGUUUCAGUGGAUCUAAAUAAAAGUGGAGAAACUCUAA